CAAAAAACAAUUUCUCUCAUCUUUUGUUCUAUACUACUCUCACAAAACACAACACACACACAAAAAAACAAAAAAAAAAAAAACACUUACCAAACUCCUUCUGAUCAAAUUCCAAAUUCACACAGAAAUGUUUAACUUCAAUUUCAUGGAUCCUGAUUUCUUCUCAAGAAGAUGUGUUUGGGUGAAUGGACCUGUGAUUGUUGGAGCAGGUCCAUCUGGGCUGGCUGUUGGAGCUUGCCUGAAAGAAAAGGGUAUUCCUUUUGUCAUCUUGGAAAAGGCUGAUUGCAUUGCUUCCUUGUGGCAAAAACGUACUUAUGAUCGCCUCAAGCUUCAUCUCCCAAAGCAAUUCUGCCAGCUUCCCAAUUUCCCUUUCCCUGAUCAUUACCCCGAGUACCCAUCCAAGAAACAGUUCAUUGACUACCUCGAAUCAUAUGCCAACCAUUUCGACAUCAAGCCUCAGUUCAACGAAUGUGUUCAAUCUGCUAAGUACGAUGAGGCUUGCAAACUGUGGAGGGUCAAAACCGUUGCCGGAAACGGCGCCGAGGUUGAGUAUAUUUGCCAGUGGAUUGUUGUCGCAACAGGGGAAAAUGCAGAGCGUGUUGUCCCUGAAAUCGACGGCCUAAAGGAAUUCUGUGGAGAAGUUCUUCACGCCAGUGAUUACAAAUCAGGUGAAAAAUACAAAGGAAAGAAAGUUCUCGUUGUUGGUUGCGGUAAUUCCGGCAUGGAAGUCUCUCUAGAUCUCUGCAACUUCGAUGCUCAUCCUGCCAUGGUUGUUCGUAGCUCGGUUCAUGUCUUGCCUAGAGAAAUUUGCGGCAGAUCAACAUACGAGUUAGCCAUGUUCAUGCUAAAAUGGCUACCCCUUUGGCUGGUUGACAAAAUCUUGUUGAUUUUGACAUGGUUCAUCCUCGGAAGCAUUGAGAAAUAUGGUCUGAAAAGACCAUCAGUUGGUCCUUUGCAACUCAAGAACCAAAGAGGAAAAACCCCUGUUUUGGACAUUGGUGCCUUGGAAAAAAUCAGGGCAGGAGAAAUCGACAUCGUCCCAGGAAUCAAGAGAUUCACUUGUGGGAUGGUGGAACUCGUUGAUGGUCAAAUGCUUGAAGUUGAUGCAGUUGUUUUGGCCACUGGAUAUUGCAGCAACGUUCCCUAUUGGUUACAGGUGAGAAAAAUGUUCCAAACUAAUGUUACAUUCAAUUAAUUUAAGUUCUCAAAAAUGUUUCUCCCAAACAAUAAAACAGACUGCUAAAUUUGUUCUGGGAUUUUUUUUGUUUAGCAGGGAAAUGAUUUCUUCUCAAAGGAAGGGCUCCCAAAAUCACCAUUCCCAAAUGGAUGGAAAGGAAAAGAUGGAUUAUAUGCAGUUGGGUUCACGAGGAGAGGGCUUGCUGGUGCUUCUGCUGAUGCUACUAAAAUCGCUAGUGAUAUUAGCAAAGUUUGGAAGGAAGAUUUGAAGCAGAAGAGGCAAAAAGUUCCCACUCACAGACGCAGCAUUUCUACGUUUUACUGAUUCCCCUGUUUUUCUAUUUUUUUCCACCUCUGACCUUUUUAACAAAAUUCUUUUAUUCCUUUGCCAUUUGCAAAAGGGCUAAAUACCAAAAUAUUAGAUUAGAGGUAGUGAUUUAGUAGUAUAUUUGUGUAGCAAAAAAAAAUAUCAAGUAAAAAAAAGACCAAAAAAAAAAAUAAAAAAAAUUGCAGAUAGCAUAUAUAGAUUAGCAGCCCUCUCCUGAAAGCCCACUGAAUUUUAGUAAUGGUUGGGCAUUUUGUACACAUAAGGAUGAUGAGGCUACCUUAUUAUUCUUUUUUCUCCCCUCUCCACAUCCAUUUUUUUUGUAGUUCUCUUUUUGU